CUCGUUUGUGUAGCUGGCCAGGGUGCGCGUCUCGUACUCGUAUAUAUCGCAUCCAUAUAUAUAUAUAUCAUUCCAUUCCAUGCCAUGCAGCACAUGAGUGUCAUUCAUUUAUUGAUCCAUCUGUUCGAUCGUCAUCGAUCCCGAGUGAGGGGGUCGGCCCGGCCAGUCAGUCAGUCAGUCAGGGAGUGAGUGAGUCUAUGUACCUACCUGCUGCAGCUCAGCUGCGUUGGUUCAUUGUCGUCAUGUCCCUCAUGUUUACACCCAUCAGUAGCAUUCCAUUCAUUCAUUCAGCGAGAGUCAUUCACGUCAUUCACGUCACGUAGGUAUAGUAGCUAGCUAGAAGUGUCGGUCAGGAGUUCUCUCGUGCGCUUUUUGUAGGCACGGCUAGACUACCCAUCACACACACACACACAUUGCACCGUGAGUGGGCGGAUGGUGACCACACCUGAAUACCUGCUGUCUGUCUGUCUGUCUGCUGUAGGCAGGCGGCUAGAUCUGACUGUGCUGUGCUUUCUCUUGUCCCCGUUUUGUCUUCCCCCAUUGCUUGCUGCUCUGGUUCGCUCUGUGCGUGCCGCGCGCGCCGUUCGGCAUAGUGAGAAGUAGGAGAAGUGCAGUGACUCAAAAUGAUCGUCGAUGCAUCCUUUGCCCCACUGCAAUGCCAGACGGCACGCAGAAUACCAAUACCCCCCGUUGCCUCCCCUCUCUCAUCCUUUUCCCCCCAUCCCCCCAUCUCUCUCUCUCUCUCUCUCCCUCUCUCGUCUCGCCUUCCAUGAUCCAUUGCCCCGCCACGGACGCCAUCUUAUGUCACCAUUCGUGUGACCAUCCAUGCAUGUGUGCGUGUCGGUCUGUCGGUCAGUCUGUCUGUCUGUCUGGGAAAACACCCCAUCACAUCACAUCACAUACAUCCCAGCAAGUGGUCGGUCAUCAAUCCAAUCCAGCGCCAUAUAUAAAAUAAAGACGCAUGCACACACGCACCGCACACGUACGACGGACACGCAGCGAGGAAGGAACACGCACACGCACGGACAGGCAGACAGGCAGCGAGUGCUUGAUAAAAAGCCUGCACAUGGACAUGCACCUUCGGAUGGACGGCAUGAUGAUGACCGAGAAAGAAAGAAAGAGAGCGAAUCGGCGGGGCUUGUUUGUGUAUGUAGGAUUAGCAAACGCGUAUUAGACACGCGAGAGAGAGAGAGAAUAACGCCUGAAGGCUUGAUCCUCGUCAAACACGAGACACACACACACACACACACAGAGAGCGAGGGAGAGAGAGAUCCAUUGAUAGAGAUUCAGAAGAAGCGAGAGCGAGUUGGUCAGAGAGAGGUCAGAAGAGGCCAGUCGGCGACUCAGUCAGUCAAACGGUCAGAGCGUACACUUUGUGUGUGAGCCAAUCAGCCAAUCCAGCAAUCGGCCAGCCAGUGUGCAACCUGUGCAACAGACAGACAGCCGCGAUGCCGACAAAUCAUACAAACAUACCACAAAAAAUGAUAGACAAUCCAUCCACCCACCCAUCACCACACCAGCACUAGACGGCUUACUAACCUUCAUCAGCCACAUCUUCCCCACAAGAGAGAGCGAGAGAGAGCGUGCGAGAGAGAGAGACAGAGAGAGAGAAAGUCAUUCCAGCCGAGAAAGAGAGCGUGCAAACACUCAUCCAGUUGGUAUACACGUGUGCAUAGCAUACACGCAGAAAACCGGCACCGCCACCCCUCCCCCCUCCCACCCCACCCGCCAUGCCCUCGGGAUGGGAUGCGUGCACUGCACGCAUUCAUUCAGUCAGUCAGUCAUGCAUGCAUGCAUCAAGCCAUUGCCAUCGUCAAUGCAUGUAUUGCGGUCUGUGUGGAUGUGAUGUAUGCAGCAUAGAUUGUAUUGUGUGUGUUGGUAUGCAGGCAUGCAGGUACGCAUUGAUUAGUGGCGCCGCGCCGACUCGACAGAGCAAACAGCGCGGGCAGCCAGGCAUGCACCACACACGGGGGGUGGGGUGAGGUUGAGUGGGUGGAUGGAUGGGUGAAUAGAGGGAGGGAGGGGGGCAGGGGGGCAUAUACGAAAGGAGGUCCCCUGCCCCCCUCAGUGCCAUGCAUGUCCUACCUACCUCUGUACAAUACACACACGGCACGGCACGCAUGCCAACCAACCGUCCGUCCGUCCGUCCGUCCAUCGCCACACCGACGCACACACAGCGCACCGCGCGACACGUACACAAAUGAAUGCACGUCGCGUGCUCGCAACAGCUGCCACCAGACGCACACACAGAAAGAGAGCGCUCGCAAGCCUUGUAUCACUGGAUUGCUUCAGAGAUCGAUCAAAACAGGCCAGGAGGAGACUCACUGGCCCGAUGACAGAUUCACAUACAUGACACAGCAAACAAAGAACACACGCAGCUCGCUGACUGACUGACUGACCGGCUUGAGAGACCACCGAGAACACCACCACAAGACACCCACCAUCCCACAAACCCUCCCUCCCCACCCAGCCCCUCUCCUCCCCUCCCCUGCCCCAGCCGGCUUCAUUCACGCAGCGGCCCGGACGUCGCUGGCGGCCUGCUCAGCUGGCUUGUGUGGCCCGUCCGCCUCGUGUGCGGUCCGCACGGGGAUCAUCGGGACUGACGCUGGCGAUGUGCCCCCUGCCGACCGCACCGACCCGCCGCCCCACCUCUUGUCACACAAACCAGUCGUCAAGUUGCACACUGAUCGAUCACACACACACACAGCACAGCAGGUGUGACGGGGAUAGGAUAACAGGCAGUCGGUGCAGGUGUGCAUCCAUCCGCCCGUGCGUACCAGGGAAGUCUGGCGGGCAGCACCGCUGCGUGGGCGUUGGGCCUCUUGAAAGAGGGGGGGGCUCAGGGCAACACACUGCACCGCCAAUCGGACAGCUGCAGCAACCAACAACCACAAAGCAGUGUCCGCUGACUGACGGUGUCCUGCCUGUCUGUUGUGGCCCCGCUCACCAUGACCACUUCUGCGUCUUUUGUGACUGGCAGCAGGUCUCGUCAUCGGUGCACCACUGCCCGCUCCCCCCGCACUCGAUAAUGAACGGAUUCGCAAGCUGCUCAGCGACGGGACUCUCCCCUGUGUCCGUGCUCCGAUCUGUGGCCUGGUGGUCAGCUGCUGCUGCUGCUGCCGCGGGCAUGGCCGUACUUCCGUCGAGUGUGAGGCCUAUCACGAGCAGCGCAGCAACGAUGAGGAUGCCCGUGGCCAUCGGGAGGCAGGGAGGGGGAGAGGGAUGAGGCGCACACCGAGACAGAAUGAAGCGAGAUCAGUCUGCGGGACGAUGCACGGUUGAUGAGGGCUCAAUGCGCUGGUCUUGAUGAGGUCGAUGAAAUGUCAGCUUGUCC